AAAUUCCACGUCGUUUGUCAAUCUACAUAUAUUCUUCGUGUUCCAUGACAGAGCCGCAAAAAUCAAAUUUGACCGAUCAGUUCGUUCCUUUCGUGUAGUUUUUUCGCGAUUUUCAUUGAAAUGUCUCAUCAGAGCUUGAAAUCUACGAGUCAUGGAUACUGCGAAGCUAUUUUCUCAACUUCGCCCAAAAGUUCUAACAAGGAAAACACUGUCCCCGCGAUAAAAUCAAAGAAAGAUUUGUAUCCUACCUCAUCUGAACCAUCCACUUCAAUGAAAAGUACAAACAAAAAGACACACUGCCCAAUGCAAAAAACAUCGUCAAAACAUGAAAUAACAGAGACUUUAAUACCUUCAAAUAAGUCAUCUAGUGUUCAACUACCAUGUGUCAAAUCUACAAAUGUAGUAAAGCAGGAAAAUAUUUGUAAUAAUAUUACAUCCAAUGAAAAAUUAAAGACUCCUGCCAAAACAAAAUUUUUAAAUGGCCCAUCUAAUGACAAGACAUCAGUGAUGCAGUUUUGUACACCCAAGCAUUCAAGAACAACGAAUACACCUAGUGGCAAUACAAAAUUCAAUAUUUUACCUGCUACAAGAACACCUGUGAAAUGUUACUUUAGCGAUCAUACUUUGUUACAAAGCACUCCGGACUGCUUUAAUGUGGUUCAUUUGGAAACUCCAUCUCAGAAAAUUGAUGACAUAGUAGUUGGAGAGCAAACAAUGUACGAUGGUGAAAGUAGUAAUCUCACUGUUGGAAUACGCAUCCGACCUGUAAAUUCCAAAGAACUAAAUGAUCCAAAAGUUUCAAGAGUUGUGCAAGGGAAUGGUCAGAAUGUUGUUGUGGAAUGUGAAUCUGCACAUCACACUUUUAUGUAUGAUCAUUGCUUUGUCUCAUAUGACGAUCCACUUACACCUGGUCAUGCUAGUCAAGAGGUUGUCUUUCAUAAUAUGGUAUUGCCAUUAGUGCAAAAUGCCUUUGAGGGUUACAAUGUCUGCUUAUUCGCAUAUGGACAGACAGGAUCUGGAAAAAGUUACAGUUUAAUGGGCAUAGAUCCUGCGCAUUUAAGUGCGGCGCCGUUCGACGAAAAAGUUGGUAUUAUACCAAGAUUCUGUCAAGAAAUAUUUACACAAGCGCGUGACAAUCCACAGAUUACGACUACUGUGGAAAUAAGUUAUUUUGAAAUAUAUAAUGAAAAGAUACACGAUCUCCUGGCUAAUACAAAUAAUGGUUCAAAAAAAGCUCCUCUUAAAGUAAGAGAGCAUCCUGUCUUUGGCCCCUAUGUUGUAGAUCUGAGUCAGCAUUGUGUACAGAGUUACAAGGAUUUACAAGCUUGGCUUAAAGUGGGAAACUCGCAAAGAGCCACAGCUGCAACUGGUAUGAACGAGAAAAGUUCACGAUCUCAUAGUAUUUUCAGUAUUAUAUUAACUCAGACACAUUCUGACGACCAAUUGGAUUGUGGCUCACUUGAUUCCAAUCGUCGUAGUAAAAUUAAUCUGGUUGAUUUAGCUGGUAGCGAGAGAUUAAGUCAAACUUCUGCUACUGGUGAUAGAUUAAGAGAAGGCGUAUCUAUCAAUAAAUCUUUGCUUACCUUGGGGAAGGUAAUUUCAUCACUUACAGAAAAUACAAACAAUCGUAAACAGGGUUUUGUGCCAUAUCGUGAAUCAGUAUUGACGUGGCUGCUAAAAGAGAGUCUAGGAGGAAAUUCACGGACAGCGAUGUUGGGAACGGUAUCACCAGUCAAUAUUCACGUAGAAGAAACUUUAGCGACUCUUCGAUAUGCAUGCCAGGCCAGAGCCAUAGUCAACCGAAUCCGUAUCAACGAGGAUCCACAUGAUCGUUUAAUUCGUGAAUUAAAAGCUGAAGUUCUACGUUUACGCGGGGUACGAGAGGGAUAUGAGAAGCAACUUGGAGUUAUACCUCGCCGAUUGCUUGAUUCCAUGGAAUCAGUGCAUCAAUCUGGGGAAGUUAAGAAAAAGCAAAAGGAAAUUGAUAAAUUGAAAGAUCAGUUGAAGAAAACAGAAGAACAAUUGGCUACGACUCAAAUGAGUUGGCGUGAAAAAUUCCAGAAAGCCGAGGAAAAAAAAAGUUCGGAGCUUAAAUAUUUGCGUCGUUGUGGAAUCGCCAUCGAGAUUGAUUUCCAUGAAAAAGAUAAACAGCCUUGUCUUGUAAAUCUCGCGGCCGAUCCUAUGUUAUCCGGUACGCUUUUGUAUCUCAUACCUCCAGGUUUGGUUCGUGUUGGGAAAAGUAGCGGACCCGAAACUAUUCUCAGAAAGCUGGAUAUCAUAUUGGAUGGACCUCUGGUUAGGGAAUUGCACUGCUCCAUCGAAAAUAAAGGUGGAAAAUUAAUCUUAACACCUGAGAUGGACGGAGACACGUAUGUAAAUGGACAGAUAAUAACUGGAAAAAUAAUGCUUAAACACGGCGAUCGCUUAGUCAUUGGUGGUAAUCAUUAUUUCAAAGUCAUAAAUCCCUAUGAUGAGCUUUGCAAUGUCAAGCUUUCUACACAAGCGAUAGACUUUGAAUUUGCAUAUCAAGAAAUUCUUCGAGUACAGGAAGAAAGAUUAAGAGCAGAACUGGAGGAAUCGAAACAAAAAGCGAUAAAGGAAUUGGAGAAUGCCAAACGUGAAGUGGAAUUGCAACUUGGCUCGCAAAAAUCAGCAUAUGAGCAUAAGAUCGAAAUUCUUGGUACUACUCUCGAGGAGCAAAAACAUGCACUCGAACAAAUUAAUCGUAGAAAGAAGGAACUGGAAUUGGAAAAAGAAUUACUUGUCACAGAGAUGGAAACUAACAAUAAGAUCAAGAAGAUACAACUGGAGCAAAGUCACACGAAAUUAUCUCCAUAUAAAUCAAACUUUCUUCAAGAAUUGGAGAAUAUUCUGAACGAGAGAACUGCCGAUAUCGAGAGUGUGCUAAAGACGAAAUUUAAUGAAAAACAAAUAACCGCCGGUGGCAUCAGUUUGCAUGAAAUGCAAAUACUCGUUAAGGAAGCAACUCAGCGAUGUAAAGAAGGUGGAUUUAAUUAUGAAUUUGAACAACAGCAAAUAAUAGUAAAAAAGAAUUUGCAGCCAGUGAUUCGCGUUCGUGAUAAAUGUACGAUGGAGACAUUAUGGCAACCAAUGGACUUUUUAGAUUGGGUCCAUCGCUUGAGAACCUGUGAUAUAGAAGACUCUAUAAAGGAACUACGAGAUUUGCCUUGUAAUUGGGAGUUUUAUGACACCACAGAAGUUUUCGAAGACUCUUUGAACAAUAGUCGAAUUUCGAUAAAUAUGACACCCGUAAAAAAGCAACUGAACGAGAGCAUUCAUCAACUUUCCAUGGAUGCAUCGAUAUUGGAACCGACUUUAAAUGAUCAAACUUCUAUAACACACGAUCAACAGGAGGAUGUAAAUGCGUGUCUUACUCAAAUUGAAGUUGCCACAAAGACUUUGAACAAGCUGUGUCAAUAUCAGGAUCAUAAUACUAAGCCAAUUGUCGAAUCGUUAAUCAAGAUGCAAGAUAUUAUUGAAACUUUAAAAAGUAUCUUCCAGAAUAAAGAUGUAAGUGAAUGUGAAGAUACGAGCACAAGUUCGAUGAACAGCGCCAAUAACACUGUCAUCGAUGUAACAAAUGAUAUAAAGACAAUCUUCCAAAAUAAGGAUGUAAACCAAUGCAAGAGAGAAGAUACAGUUUCCCCAGGUAAUGUUAAUAAUAACGACGUAGAUGAAGCAUUAACUGUAAAAAGUGAUGUCAAAAAUUCUUUAAAUCAUAAUAUGUCACCAAAGAAAUCUAGCAUGCGGAAGAGUAUUGUAUCAGAUGUAAAAACUGAAAAUGCCGGAAAAACGUGAGGUUUAUUGAUAAAAUCAAAUCAAUGAGUUUGCUAAAAUAAGCAAUAGCUGUUUAAAAUAAUGAUUAUUUUAAAAUAAAUCUUCAGCUAUUAUCUCAAAAAUAUCUUAUUGUAAUUAUAAUACUGCAUAUGAUACAUAUUCACAGAUUUAGACUUCUGACUUAUUUAAUUGAUAUCUUCUAAUAAGUUUUAAAUUUAUUAAAAAACGCCUUUAGUUUUUUCCU